UGUAGGUUCGGACACAAUGCCUUUGUCCGUGGCCACACAAGUCAUAGAUAUGGUGAUGGCCCUGCAUUAUACGUCGACCUGGAAAGAGAUUCAAUCACAUUUUCAGAGGAUGAGAUAGAGACCUCGGUGGACAUAGACAGUAUAAUUUGGACGACAAAGGUGUUCCGAUGCAAGGGUUCUGUGGGGAUCUACAUCACUCCGCCAUUUCAAACAAAGCCUGGCAUAUUCAAGCACAAUCACACAUAUGUCGACAUUAUAAUACCGCAGUCAGAAGAGGAUGCCAACAGUCCUGGUGGAAGAAUGGAAUGGCUGUCCAAAAGAUUUCCCAUGUCUGCCAUCCCUCACGCCUCUAUUGGGCGCAUAUCCUCCGCUUCCUCGACACUCAAUCUUUAUGUUGCAUUCCCAAGGAUGAUACAUCAACAUCCGAUGAAUGGUCGUAGAAUCACCCUGAUGCCAAAAGAGGUCUUGGAUAUCUUUUGGGAUAGAGUGCUGCUGCCAUCCGUAGGAGACUGCACCGACGUCAGCUGGGCGCCUUACCUCAAGCACACUUUGGAGGAGGCAAGAUAUAAGGCGAGAGGUAGAGAUGGACGCAAAGGCGGAUGGGGACCUCCAAAGACGAUACCCCUCUCUGAUGAUGACUUCAGAGAUGUUCAGAACCGUAUGGAAGCUCGCAUACGUGAUGGAGGGGGAGAGCUUAGUAUGUAUGGAUCGUUGUUCUUUAUUCUGGAGGGAAAGGGAAUCAAGCUCCUGACAAAGGAUGGACAGAGAGGCCGUUUCUCAGGACCAGAGGAGGCCCUGCGUCGAAAUCUGUCCGACCUUGACUGGUCAUAUAUGAUGGACCGGAGGCAUGGGGAGCUUCUGGUCGAUGUGGGCAUCUCAUUCACGCCUCGCUCUCCAGAUGUUCCUGUCGUCGGGGUGUGGAGAUUAGAUGCGUUGGAGGCAUCGUUUGGUGCAGGAGGCUACAAGCGAGGCGAGAUACAUCACCAUAACAUGCUGUCCAGAUAUGGCGCGCUGCAGGCAGAAAUGCAACAGGAAAGGUCGCAGCAGACGCACAUAGCAUUCAGGAGCACCUAUAAUCUAUACUACGAGUCGAUCCGCACGAACAACAACCAGGCGAACUUUGCUUCCGACAGCGAUGCAUACAAGCUAUCUCCUUCAUACAUGGCUGAAUGCUUUGACAUCAUGAAGGUGGUCGAUCAUUGCAAAGGGAAGACAUACGGUGUUAGAGAUGAGUAUAGGGUCAGUGGUCACGCAGCAAGGAUCAUGUUGGACAAUAUAGAAAGCAAGGCUAUUCAAUAUCUGCAAUCAGAUCCAAUACUAUGGAUCCCAUCCACAAUCUGGUUCGAGCUUAUCAGGCGACGUGUACGGGAGAUUCAAAGGACCCAAAUAAGCAUUGUAAAAAAGAACCCUCCAAAUCUUGGCAUCCUGACUGGUCUGCUAAACCACAUGCUUCGCUCGACUACAUCAACCCCUAUCAUCUAUGACUCCCAUGUCCGUGAAUCCCUCACCCUCCUUGAAUACAGGAAUGUACUCGAGACAGCAGGAAUGUUUUUCUUGCAGGAUUUUGAUAUAAACAGCGACACAUGCUUGGAGGAGGUGCAGCAAAUCGAUGAUGUUAAUGUUUUGGGACUUAUGGGCGUAACCGCAAAGGCGCAAAGGGACAGAGCAGUGGGAAGGAUGGAUGCAUGGCGAAGCAAUGAGUCAGAAUCAAAAGAUUAUCCUCUUGGUCGGACGCCAACCUGGACUAGCCUCAAGACAGCCAUCUUACACUCACCUGGGACGAUCAUGAGAGAAUGGUCAUGGACGUCCAGGAUGUCCAACAUUCUACUCACUGUUGGACGUUUGGUCGUAAUGUUCACAAGGCAUAUGUGGCUCAUGCUGACGCAAGAAGUCAUGAAAGGCAUCAUACCCUACCCUAACUCGCUUUAUGAUGCCAUGAAGUGCUGGACAAUAACAAGCAUCGACGAUACACUCGCUUCCGUCGCUUUUGAAGCCUGCAAUGCUGGUUUACAUGACCAUACAGGCGUAACUCCAGGUCGCUUGGGUCCCAAGUCAAGAGCCUUUGUGGACAGAUGCUCAUUAUUUUUUCCUGACCCUGAUGCUCCCCAUAAGAGCAAUGCUCAGUGGUGUCUACUGUGGGAAGGAGAUGGAUACAUCGCAGAAUUCCAUAGGACAAUGAAGACAUUAGAUGGGGAUCAGCAGGAGUCGCUAAAGCAAGGUUUACGUGAUGUAUUUUCUGAACUUCACUGUCUACCUGCGAGUGGUGCGAGGGUGUGGAUCCAAAAGAAGGAUGCCAUAGUAUUCAUAACAAAUCCUGCAUUUUACAGGAUCGACCGCAUUGGAAGAGGGGGCGAGAGUCAGAGGAGAGCUCCAAGAGCGCGUCGGACUAUGAAGGUGAUCAAAGGAAAGCGCAUAUUUGCGGCUGAUCUGAUGGACUCGCAACCAUUUGACACCGAUGGGAAUUUGAGAAGGAAGACAGAGAGGCAAAAGCGUCGGGAGAUUCACAAAAAGAUGACUAUGGAAAAGAGAAACAAAAGGGUACCCCCACCCCCACGUCCUCGCAAGUCCAGGCCAUUCCCAAUGGGUGAAUCAGCACAUGUGGCGACAGAUGAUGAAAUGGAUGUGGAUUAG